GGGUUGGAGGGGAAUGCAGCGCAAAACGGGAGAAUGAGAUGUUGGGAGGGAAAAAUAAAGAGACAUUCAUUCUGUGGCUCACCUACCGGCAGAAGACGAGACUGGGGGAACGAGGCGGUUCGGUGUGAGUGAGGAGCGGUGAAAAACUGGGAACCUGGCUGGCGGAAUCACAGUCUAAUCCAUGACAAGUAGGAGAAAGGAUCACCUUCGUUCGCGAUGCUGUAAUCUCUCCACUUGCGUUCUGUGCUUUAUUUUUGCUUUUGCUUAUUCAGAUGAUGCUGAAGCCGUGUGUGUGUGUGUGUGUGUGUGAGAGAGAGAGAGACAUACAGGGGGGGGGGGGGGGUGCCCGCCGCUGUAUUGAAUAAGGGAAAGUCUUGUGUGUAUGUGUGUGUUUGGGAAGAUGUGUACAGUUUGCGUGCUGAGAAUACCAAUUCUGAUCUCUCCGGUGUCUACUCUGUCUUUAUUUUUUUAAAAAAACCUGAUCGCUGAACUGCGGAGAGUGGGAAACGGGAGAGGGCUAACCGAGGCAGGGGCUUGUUCAAAGUUAAACUCACUCUCCCCCAGAGUCAGUGCUGUCUUGUGUGACGCCUCCCCUCAGUAAACUGGAAGCUUCGCAUUCCAUCAAUGUGGGCCAGUGUUUGGGAUUGACUGGACAUGUUCGGCACUCGGCGCAUCGCACAGAGCCAAGGUUGGAGCUCCAAGCCACUGGAAAGCUUGCUGGCUGCCUAACAGGCGAUGGGCUCUUGCAUCCUUUUUGACAUAUUGCGAAAACAAAGGGGGAAAGGACCGUCCCUGUCGUUGUCAUCGCUUCGUAUAAACGGAGCAUUCUCAUGAAUGAGCAAGCCAUGAACUCGACUGAUAGAUUAAAGGCAUCUCUGUUGUUUACGCUCAGUAUCCUGUAGACACACCAAAAGCACCGUGCGAGAAAGACUGAUUUACCACAUGACAAGCUUUGUGACUUUGAACUGCAGAAGACCACAGACAUAAGGAACAUUUGCUGAGGAUUGCUUCAGUUUCUUGUCACGUGCCUGCUGACUUGACGUCCCACUGCUGUCACCCUCCUACUCCAAUCCUUCUGAAACCAUUUUGGAAAGCAACGGGAUCAUGCAUGUGAGACUGGGAACAAUGCUAAUGGAUAUCUGGACUCGAUUGCUGCUGGCAUGGAUUAGUGUGCUUCCUUUAGUGCAGUCAAUCACACUGGACCCUCCACAGAGUUUGCAGGAAGAAAGUAUCUUAGCAUUGAAUGGACUGGACGGUGACCCUGGUGCUCUCAGUCGUGCCAAGAGAGGCUGGGUCUGGAAUCAAAUGUUUGUGCUGGAAGAGUUUUCUGGUCCUGAGCCUAUCCUCGUUGGUCGGUUGCAUACAGAUCUCGACCUAGCGAAUAGAAAUGUCAAGUACAUUCUGUCGGGUGAAGGUGCUGGUACAAUCUUCAUGAUCAAUGACAAGACGGGGGACAUUCACGCCAUGAAGAGGCUUGACCGUGAAGAGAAAGCUGAGUACACGCUGACUGCACAGGCCAUUGACCGGGACACUGACAAACCUCUGGAGCCACCAUCAGAGUUCAUCAUCAAGGUUCAAGACAUCAAUGACAAUGCCCCUGAAUUUCCAGAUGAACCUUACCAUGUGACAGUGCCAGAGAUGUCCUCUGUUGGUACGUCAGUUAUGGGGGUAACUGCAACAGAUGCUGAUGAUCCAGUUUAUGGGAACAGCGCAAAACUAGUGUACAGCAUUCUGGAAGGGCAGCCAUAUUUUUCCAUCGAGCCGCACACCGGAAUUAUAAGGACUGCCCUUCCGAACAUGGAUCGGGAAGCACGAGAGGAAUAUCUGGUGGUGAUACAAGCAAAGGAUAUGGGAGGCCACAUGGGAGGUCUCUCUGGAACAACAACUGUAACAGUCACAUUGACUGACGUUAAUGACAACCCACCCAAGUUUACACAAAGCCUUUACCAUCUGUCUGUUCUCGAAGACAUGGCAGUUGGUGAUGUCACAGGAAGGGUCAAGGCGAAUGACCGGGACUUGGGACAGAACGCAAGGUCUUUGUAUGAAAUUAUCGAUGGAGACGGGAUGGAUGUGUUUGAGAUCACAACAGACUCACAGACCCAGGAGGGCGUCAUCACUCUUAAGAAACCCCUGGACUUCGAGACCAAGAAAUCCUAUACCUUGAAAGUCGAGGCCGGUAAUGCGCAUAUUGAUCCUCGCUUCAUCAGCAAGGGACCCUUCAAAGAUACAGCAGCAGUGAAGAUCACAGUAGAGGAUGCCGAUGAGCCGCCAGUGUUCUCAUCGCCUGCCUAUUUCCUGGAAGUGAGGGAGAGUGUGAACGUGGGUUCUGUCAUUGGACAAAUAAUGGCUCGUGACCCUGAUAUUAUCGUCAGCCCUGUCAGGCUGAGGGGACAAAAUAAAUCCAGCAGAGAACAAGAACCAAAUGGAGGAUCGGAACGAACCUGGAAUCAUAGCCAAGUAUCCCGUGUACCAGUGGCUAUUAAAGUGCUUGAUGUUAAUGACAAUGCUCCGGAACUUGCCUCACAAACUGAAGCAUACUUGUGCGAAAAUGGGAAAUCUGGACAGGUCAUUCAAACAGUCAGUGCCACAGAUAAGGACGACCCAAAGGCUGGGCAAUAUUUCUUCUACAACCUGGCACCAGAGAUUUCCAGGAACCCCAAUUUCACAAUCAAGAACAAUGCAGAUAACUCAGUCAGUAUCCUGGCAAGACACAGCGGAUUCAGCAGGCAGAAACAAGACAUCUACUUCCUGCCCAUCAUAAUCUCGGACAGUGGGAACCCACCCAUGAGCAGCACCAAUACACUCACCAUCCGGGUCUGUGGCUGUAGCACUGAUGGGACUGUACAGUCCUGCAACGUGGAAGCUUUUGUUCUUCCCAUUGGGUUAAGCAUGGGAGCUUUAAUAGCUAUUUUAGCCUGCAUUAUCCUCUUGUUGGUUAUUGUGGUACUUUUUGUAACUUUAAGAAGGCACAAAAAUGAGCCUCUUAUUAUCAAGGAUGAUGAGGAUGUGAGGGAAAACAUCAUUCGCUAUGACGAUGAAGGUGGUGGAGAAGAGGACACGGAAGCCUUUGAUAUUGCCACUUUACAAAACCCUGAUGGCUUCAAUGGAUUCUUGCCACGGAAAGACAUCAAACCUGACCUGCAGUAUGUACCCAGGCAAAGCCUUCCUCCUGUCCCGAAUGGGGUCGAUGUGGAUGAGUUUAUCAAUGUAAGGCUUCACGAUGCCGACAUCGAUCCCACUGCCCCUCCCUACGAUUCCAUCCAGAUCUACGGAUAUGAAGGAAGAGGAUCGACAGCUGGCUCACUGAGUUCACUAGAAACAACAUCAACAGAUUCAGAGCAGAACUUUGACUACCUCAAGGAAUGGGGCCCACGUUUUAAAAAACUCGGGGAUAUGUACGCAGUUGGAGAAAAUGACAGAGAAACUUGACUCCAAAUUGGGAUUACCAGUUGUCCAACAUAUUAAAGAACAGUGGUGUAUAAUUAUAGGGUUGCCAAUUAUUAACAAUUGAUAAGCUGGCCAGUAUUUUUAGAUGCAGUCAACAUUAGCUCCUUUCAUCCUUGAAGUCCAGCUUAUUGUAAUAUUGAACUAAAAAAAUGCAGAUUGUAUGAGUGUUUUACUCUUGUGGAGUGUGGAUUAUGUGGAUUGUUUAGGCAGGUUUUCGUUUCCUGGUUCUUGUAUAGACUUAACAUUCAAGCGGAGGACACUUGCUGGGAUCUUACAGUGCUUCCUAUAUGGUUCCGUAGACUAUGGCUUUUCUCUGAUUGCAGACCAACAUCUUACCAAGCCAAAGUGAAGCAAUAUCAAUGUCUUUAUCAUGGAACUGAUGAAAGUAACCAAAGGAAAUGAAGGGGAUAGCUGUGACAGGACAUCAUAAAGCUUUGAAAACCAAUACCAGCUCCUUCCCCCUGCAGUAAUAUUAGCUGAGGUGUAAUCGAGUGUUUCUUUGUGAUUGGUUGUCACACAAGUAGACACCGUGUAUUCGAAACAGAGUACCCUUAGGCUUCAUGAUAUGCUCAUGCUCCAUGCCCAUUCCAGUCAAAAGAGGGGUGUCUAAAAGUAAGCGGCAAGUAAGGAUGACAGAAGUAGAAUAUCAACUCAGGUAUGGGCCUCAAACAUCCAAUACAAACACAAUCAAACCUUCCCUGAGUCUUUCUUUUAAAAAAAAUUCUGAAGCACUAACAAAAUAUCUGAGCCACUCUUGACAGGAACUUGCUGGAGGAGCAGGCAGUAUGGCAAUGGUCAUUUUAGGUUGUGUACAGUACUUGGUUUCCAGGCUCAUCAUCAAUGAGCCAAGCACAAGAGCUGGAAUGGGACUGAGAUCAUGUGAAUAUUGGAAUCCUAAACCUUUAGAUACACGCUCAUUACACAGUACAGUAGCGGUGUCAAACAUGUGCUUAUCGUGCUUCACUGUGUAAUUUGAACAAAAAAAAAAGAAAAUGGUUUUAAAAAAAUGCUUUUUGUUAUGUAUAUAUAGAUUUACUGUUUACUUUUGUGGCAUUUUCUUUUUGGAAAAAUGUACUUUGGCUAUGCACGAUAGCUCUUGCACACAAAUUUGAUGAUAACAGCACUGAAAGCUAUGUGCAUUGCCAAUUUUUAAUUGGAAAUAUUACAUUUCAGAGUAGAUAUUGUAUAUUACAAUAGUCUGACGCACACAAGAAGAGCCCUUAUUAAUUUUAUACGUUGCUUUAAUGCUAUUUACUUGUACGUUUGAAUUAUUUUACUCCAUGUAUUGUACAUCAGAGGAACCCCUGUAUUGUUUCCUACUUUGUGAAAUAUAUUUUUAUAAAUA